AUGGACCACCCUGUUGCUCAGCCGGAGUUUUCCUCGUGCAGCGCGCCGCCACCUGAAAACGACAACGAGGCAAGGGAUGGAUACCCUACAUUGGCUAAGCUUAUGGGUUCGUAUCCUGAUACUGCAAUAUUUCGCCGCUUUACGGAACUCAACUUGCUCAACCUGUUACGCCUGCAAGCGGAAAUUCAAGAGAUGGAACAUGAACUACAACAAAUACGUGUGGAGGACGCUGAAUCGCACGAUCAGAUUCGCAGGACCUAUUCGAAAGAUUUCCGCUCCAUGCGUGACAAUGAGGAAGAUGGAGACUCUGAACAACUUGAUCUGUUAAUUAGAAUUGGGGGCAAGCUUCAGGAGUAUAACUCGGCUUUGGCACUUGCGGUACAAUUAAAAGGCUCAGAUAAUCCGAGUAGUCGGGAGUUAUGCAAUCUGCGAGAUUGGCUAAAUAGACCCAAUGGCGGUAAGAGCUUUCUUAUGGGUGAGGAAGCCAAAGUGUGGCAGGGGACCGACAUGGGCGAGUUCAUUACCCUUUUCCCUCGCCGCCUUGAGGAUGACGCAUUUACGUCUUUCUUGGGUGGCCGUCUUCUUGAUAUCUACCAUAACAUAUGGGGCCACAGACAGACCAAGUCGCAUACCUCUCAUGCCCUUGGGAGCGAAGCCCGACAGUAUUCCGAUGAGAGGAUCUCACGAAUCAGUAAUAUUAUUGGGGCCAUAAUUUCCUCAACACUACCCACCUUGGCGAUUCUUGUCCUUUACUUCGUCAAUCGCAUGAUUAUUAGGAUUGGACUAGUUAUAGUAUUUACUGCUGUCUUUUCCACAGCAAUUGCACUGUUCACAACCGCCAAAAAAGUAGAGAUAUUCUCCGCAACUGCCGCGUAG